ACAAUGAUGGCUGACCUUUAACCCCAGGUGGCAGCUGCAAGCGAGCCCCCAGACGCACCCGCCAUGUCGGGGUCCACGCAGCCUGUGGCGCAGACGUGGAGGGCUGCCGAGGCCCGGUACCCGCCCCACGGCAUCUCCUACCCCGUGCAGAUUGCCCGGCCCCACACGGAUGUUGGGCUGCUGGAGUACCAGCACCACCCCCGAGACUACGCCUCCCACCUGUCGCCCAGCUCCAUCAUCCAGCCCCAGCGGAGGAGGCCCUCCCUGCUGUCGGAGUUCCAGCCUGGGGGCGAAAGGUCCCAGGAGCUGCACCUGCGACCUGAAGGCCACUCGUACCUGCCGGAGCUGGGCAAGCCGGAGCUGGAGUUCAUCGAGAGCAAGCGCCCGCGCCUCGAGCUGCUACCUGAGCCCCUGCCACGGCCCUCGGCCCUGCUGGCCACAGCCCAGCCCGGCGGCUCCGAGGACCUGGCCAAGGACCGUAGCCUGACGGGCAAACUGGAGCCGGUGUCCCCGCCCAGCCCCCCGCACACUGACCCUGAGCUGGAGCUAGUCCCUCCGAGGCUCUCCAAGGAGGAGCUGAUCCAGAACAUGGACCGCGUGGACCGCGAGAUCACCAUGGUGGAGCAGCAGAUCUCCAAGCUGAAGAAGAAACAGCAACAGCUGGAGGAGGAGGCCGCCAAGCCACCCGAGCCUGAGAAGCCCGUGUCGCCGCCGCCCAUCGAGUCGAAACAUCGCAGCCUGGUACAGAUCAUCUAUGACGAAAACCGGAAGAAGGCAGAAGCUGCACAUCGGAUCCUGGAAGGCCUGGGGCCCCAGGUGGAGCUGCCAUUGUACAACCAGCCCUCCGACACUCGGCAGUAUCAUGAGAACAUCAAAAUAAACCAGGCAAUGCGGAAAAAGCUCAUCUUAUACUUCAAGAGGAGGAACCACGCGCGGAAGCAAUGGGAACAGAAGUUCUGCCAGCGCUAUGACCAGCUUAUGGAGGCCUGGGAGAAAAAAGUGGAGCGUAUGGAGAACAACCCCCGGCGACGAGCCAAGGAGGGCAAGGUGCGCGAGUACUACGAGAAGCAGUUCCCGGAGAUCCGCAAGCAGCGCGAGCUGCAGGAGCGCAUGCAGAGCAGGGUGGGCCAGCGGGGCGGCGGGCUCUCCAUGUCAGCCGCCCGCAGUGAGCACGAGGUGUCUGAGAUCAUUGACGGCCUCUCCGAACAGGAGAACCUGGAGAAGCAGAUGCGCCAGCUGGCCGUGAUCCCGCCCAUGCUGUAUGACGCCGACCAGCAGCGCAUCAAGUUCAUCAACAUGAACGGGCUCAUGGGCGACCCCAUGAAGGUGUACAAGGACCGCCAGGUCAUGAACAUGUGGAGCGAGCAGGAGAAGGAGACCUUCCGCGAGAAGUUCAUGCAGCACCCCAAGAACUUCGGUCUGAUCGCGUCGUUCCUGGAGCGGAAGACGGUGGCUGAGUGCGUCCUCUACUACUACCUGACCAAGAAGAAUGAGAACUACAAGAGCCUGGUGAGGCGGAGCUACCGGCGCCGCGGCAAGAGCCAGCAGCAGCAGCAACAGCAACAGCAACAGCAGCAGCAGCAGCAGCAGCAGCAGAUGCCCCGGAGCAGCCAGGAGGAGAAGGAGGAGAAGGAGAAGGAGAAGGAGGCUGAGAAGGAGGAGGACAAGCCCGACGUGGACAACGACAAGGAAGAGCUCGUCAAGGAGAAGACAGACGACACCUCCGGUGAGGACAAUGAUGAGAAGGAGGCGGUGGCCUCCAAAGGCCGCAAAACCGCCAACAGCCAGGGGAGACGCAAAGGCCGCAUCACGCGCUCGAUGGCCAACGAGGCCAACAGUGAGGAGGCCGUCACCCCUCAGCAGAGCGCUGAGCUGGCCUCCAUGGAGAUGAAUGAGAGUUCCCGCUGGACCGAGGAGGAAAUGGAGACAGCCAAGAAAGGUCUCCUGGAGCACGGCCGGAACUGGUCGGCCAUUGCCCGCAUGGUGGGCUCCAAGACCGUGUCUCAGUGUAAGAACUUCUACUUCAACUACAAGAAGAGGCAGAACCUCGAUGACAUCCUGCAGCAGCACAAGCUGAAGAUGGAGAAGGAGAGGAACGCCCGGAGAAAGAAGAAGAAAGCUCCGGCUGUGGCCAGCGAGGAAGCCGCCUUCCCGCCCGUGGUGGAAGACGAGGAGAUGGAGGCGUCCGGUGGGAGCGGGAACGAGGAGGAGAUGGCAGAGGAGGCAGAAGCCUUACAUGCCUCUGGGAGUGAGGUGCCCAGAGGGGAUUGCAGUGCCCCAGUUGCUGUCAACAAUAGCUCCGACACUGAGAGCAUCCCGUCACCCCGCACUGAGGCCGCCAAGGACGCUGGGCAGAAUGGGGCCAAGCCCCCACCCGCCCCGGGCGCCGAUGGACUACCCCCUGCGCCACCCACCCCACCUCCAGAGGACACCUCGGCCCCUGCCGAGCCCACCCCGGCCCCCGAGGCUGCUGGCCCGCCCACGCCCCCCUUGGCUCCCCCGUCGCCAGCUGCCCCUGUGGCUCCCAAGGUGGAGGAGGACGAGGCCACCGCCACCCCAACCGUGGAGGGGGAGGAGCAGAAGCCCUCCGUGACGGAGGAGCUGGCAGUGGACGUGGGCAAGACCGAAGACCCCGGGGAGGUGCCCACAGAGGAGCUGGUCAAGUGCAAGGUCGAGCACAAGGAGGAGACAGGGGAGGACGCCCCCGACAGGGCCAGGGACGUGGAGGGGGGCACCGAGGCCACGCCCGAGGGGCCCGUAAAGACCGAGAAGAAGGAGGGCGGCGUGGGCAGUGGCCCUGGUAGCAAACCCACCAUGGCCAAGGGCACAGGUGCCCCCCAGGACAGCGACUCCAGUGCCACAUGCAGUGCGGAUGAGGCGGAUGAGACUGAGGGGGGCGAAAAGAACAGGCUGAUGUCCCCAAGGCCCAGCCUCCUGACCCCCACCAGCGAUACCAGGGCCCACACCUCGUCCCAGAAGCCACUGGACCUGAAGCAGCUGAAGCAGCGGGCGGCCAUCAUCCCCCCUAUCGUCGCCAAAGCCCACGAGACCCCCCGGGAGGACGCCGCCCUCCCGAAGCCUGCUCUCCCAGCCCCACCACCCCCACAGCACCUGCAGCCAGAGAGUGACACCCCCCAGCAGCCCAGCAGCAGCCCUCGGGGCAAAAGUAGGAGCCCCGUGCCUCCCGCCGAGAAGGAGGCAGAGAAGCCCGUGUUCUUCGCAGCUGAGGGCCAGAAGCUUCCCACGGAGACCCCCUGCUGGACGCAGGGGCUGCCUUUCCCUGUGCCCCCCCGUGAGGUGAUCAAGGCUUCCCCACACACCCCGGACCCCUCGGCCUUCUCCUAUGCCCCUCCUGGUCACCCGCUGCCCCUAGGUCUCCACGACACCGCCCGACCCGUGUUGCCACGCCCACCUGCCAUCUCCAACCCACCACCCCUCAUCUCCUCCACGAAGCACCCCAGCGUCCUUGAGAGGCCCCUGGGGGCCAUGUCCCAGGGCAUGUCAGUCCAGCUCCACGUCCCGUACUCAGAGCACGCCAAGGCGCCUGUGGGCCCCAUCACCAUGGGGCUGCCCCUGGCCAUGGACCCCAAGAAGCUAGCGCCCUUCAGUGGCGUGAAGCAGGAGCAGCUGUCCCCACGCAGCCAGGCCGGGCCCCCGGAGAGCCUGGGUGUGCCCACAGCCCCUGAGACAUCCGUGCUAAGAGGGACAUCUCUGGGCUCAGUCCCUGGAGGAAGUGUCAGCAAAGGCAUGCCCAGCACGCGGCCACCGGCAGAGAAUCCCAUCAUGUACCGCGGCUCCAUCACCCACGGCACUCCAGCCGACGUCCUGUACAAGGGCGCCAUCACCAGGAUCAUCGGUGAGGACAGCCCCAGCCGCCUGGACCGUGGCCGGGAGGAUGGCCUGCCCAAGGGCCACGUCAUCUACGAGGGCAAGAAGGGCCAUGUCCUCUCCUAUGAGGGUGGCAUGUCUGUGUCGCAGGGCUCCAAGGAGGAUGGCAGGAGCAGCUCUGGCCCUCCGCAUGAGACAGCUGCCCCUAAGCGCACGUAUGACAUGAUGGAAGGUCGCACCAGCAGGGCCAUCUCCUCCAGCAGCAUCGAAGGUCUCAUGGGCCGCGCCAUCCCACCCGAACGGCACAGCCCGCACCAUCUCAAAGAGCAGCACCACAUCCGCGGCUCCAUCACGCAAGGGAUCCCACGCUCCUACGUGGAGGCCCAGGAGGAUUACCUGCGACGGGAGGCCAAGCUGCUGAAGCGAGAGGGCACACCCCCGCCACCUGCCCGCGACCUGACUGAGGCCUACAAGGCCCGGCCCCUGGAGACGCUGGGCCCACUGAAGCUGAAGCCAGCCCACGAGGGCCUGGUGGCAACGGUGAAGGAGGCCGGCCGUUCCAUCCAUGAGAUCCCCCGCGAGGAGCUGCGGCGCACGCCCGAGCUGCCCCUGGCCCCGCGACCCCUCAAGGAGGGCUCCAUCACCCAGGGCACCCCGCUCAAGUACGACACCGGUGCGUCCUCCGCCAGCUCCAAGAAGCAUGACGUCCGAUCCAUCAUCGGCAGCCCCGGGCGGACGUUCCCGCCCGUGCAUCCGCUGGAUGUGAUGGUCGACGCCCGGGCACUGGAGCGAGCCUGCUAUGAGGAGAGCCUAAAGGGCCGGCCAGGGACUGUCAGCAGCUCAGGGGGCUCCAUCACGCGUGGCGCCCCAGUCAUUGUGCCUGAGCUGGGCAAGCCACGGCAGAGCCCCCUAGCCUAUGAGGACCACGGGGCGCCCUUUCCUGGCCACUUGCCCCGUGGCUCACCCGUGACCACGCGGGAGCCCACACCGCGCCAACAGGAAGGUAGCCUCUCGUCCAGCAAGGCAUCCCAGGACCGGAAGCUGACGUCCACUCCACGAGAGAUCGCCAAGUCCCCACAUAGCACUGUGCCCGAGCACCACCCCCACCCCCUCUCACCCUACGAGCACCUGCUGCGGGGCGUGAGCAGUGUGGACCUGUACCGCGGCCACAUCCCGCUGGCCUUUGACCCCACCUCCAUACCUCGCGGCAUCCCUCUGGAUGCAGCUGCCGCCUAUUACCUGCCCCGGCACCUGGCCCCCAACCCCACCUACCCGCAUCUCUACCCCCCAUACCUCAUCCGCGGCUACCCCGACACGGCGGCCCUGGAGAACCGCCAGACCAUCAUCAACGACUACAUCACCUCGCAGCAGAUGCACCACAAUGCAGCCACCGCCAUGGCCCAGCGUGCCGACAUGCUGCGGGGCCUGUCACCCCGCGAGUCCUCGCUGGCGCUCAACUACGCCACCGGCCCGCGAGGCAUCAUUGACCUGUCCCAAGUGCCACACCUGCCUGUGCUGGUGCCGCCAACCCCAGGCACGCCCGCCACCACCAUGGACCGCCUCGCCUACCUCCCGCCCGCUCCCCAGGCCUUCAGCAGCCGGCACAGCAGCUCCCCUCUCUCCCCAGGAGGUCCCACGCACUUGACAAAGCCAACCACGACAUCCUCGUCCGAGAGGGAGCGAGACCGGGAGCGUGAGCGUGAGAAGUCCAUCCUCGCGUCCACCACGACGGUGGAGCACGCGCCCAUCUGGAGACCCGGUACAGAGCAGAGCAGCGGCGGCAGCAGUGGUGGGGGUGGUGACAGCAGUAGCCGGCCCGCCUCCCACCCCCAUAGCCACCAGCACUCGCCCAUCUCUCCACGGACCCAGGAUGCCAUCCAGCAACGACCCAGCGUGCUGCACAACACGGGCAUGAAGGGCAUCAUCACCGCCAUGGAGCCCGGCACACCCACGGUCCUGAGGUCCACCUCCACCUCCUCGCCUGUCCGCCCUGCCGCCACAUUCCCGCCUGCCACGCACUGCCCACUGGGCAGCACGCUCGACGGGGUCUACCCCACCCUCAUGGAGCCUGUUCUGCUGCCCAAGGAGGCCCCACGGGUGGCCCGGCCCGAGCGGCUCCGCACCGACGCCAGCCACGCCUUCCUCGCCAAGCCCCCCGCCCGCGCCGCACUCGAACCCGCCUCCUCCCCCAGCAAGGGCUCCGAGCCCCGGCCUCUGCCGCCCCCUGGCCCCAGCCACACGGCCAUCGCCCGCGCCCCGGCAAAGAGCCUCACCGCCCAUCACGCCAGCCUGGAGCAGCCAGCGCCGCCCGCCUCGGCCGCGGACCCACCCCGGGAAAAGACUCAAAGUAAACCCUUUUCCAUCCAGGAACUGGAACUCCGUUCUCUGGGUUACCAUGGCGGCGGCGGCAGCAGCUACAGCCCCGAUGGGGUGGAACCCGUCAGCCCCGUGAGCCCGCCCGGCCUGGCGCAUGACAAGGGGCUCCCCAAGCACCCCGAGGGGGCCGACAAGAGCCACCUGGAGGGGGAGCUGCGGCACAAGCAGCCAGGCCCCGUGAAGCUCAGCGGCGAGGUGGCCCACCUCCCGCACCUGCGGCCACUGCCUGAGAGCCAGCCCUCGUCCAGCCCGCUGCCCCCGGCUGCCCUGGGGGUCAAAGGUCACCAGCGGGUGGUCACCCUGGCCCAGCACAUCAGUGAGGUCAUCACCCAGGACUACACGCGGCACCACCCGCAGCAGCUCAGCGCCCCACUCCCCGCCCCACUCUACUCCUUCCCCGGAGCCAGCUGUCCCGUCCUGGAUCUCCGCCGCGCCCCCAGUGACCUCUACCUCCCACCCCCUGACCAUGGCGCCCCAGCCCGGGGCUCCCCGCACAGUGAAGGGGGCAAGAGGUCUCCAGAGCCCAGCAAGACCUUGGCCCUGGGCAGCGGCAAGGAUGGCAUCGAGCCCGUGUCCCCACCAGAGGGCAUGGCCGAGCCCGGGCACCCCCGUGGUGCUGUGUACCCGCUGCUGUACCGGGACGGGGAGCCGAUGGAGCCCAGCAGGGUGGGCUCCAAGUCUCCAGGCAACACCAGCCAGCCGCCGGCCUUCUUCAGCAAGCUGACCGAGAGCAACUCCGCCAUGGUUAGAUCCAAGAAUCAGGAGAUCAACAAGAAACUCAACACCCACAACCGGAACGAGCCGGAAUACAAUGUGGGCCAGCCAGGCACGGAGAUCUUCAACAUGCCGGCCAUCAGUGGAUCAGGCCUAGUGACCUGUAGAAGCCAGGCGGUGCAGGAGCACGCCAGCACCAACAUGGGGCUGGAGGCAAUAAUUAGGAAGGCUCUCAUGGGUAAAUACGAGCAGUGGGAGGACCACCCGCCGCUCAGCGCCAACGCUUUUAACCCUCUGACUGCCAGUGCCAGCCUGCCCUCUGCUCUCCCCAUAACCACUGCUGACGGACGGAGUGACCACUCGCUCGCCUCGCCAGGUGGUGGUGGCGGGAAAACUAAGGCCUCUGGCAGACCCAGCAGUCGGAAAGCCAAGUCCCCAGCCCCAGGCCUGGCGUCUGGGGACCGGCCCCCGUCCGUCUCCUCUGUGCACUCGGAGGGAGACUGUAACCGUCGGACCCCGCUCACCAACCGUGUGUGGGAAGACCGGCCCUCUUCUGCAGGCUCCACACCGUUCCCCUACAACCCCCUGAUCAUGCGGCUGCAGGCAGGCGUCAUGGCCUCCCCGCCACCUCCCGGCCUCCCCGCGGGCAGUGGGCCCCUGGCUGGCCCCCACCAUGCCUGGGAUGAGGAGCCCAAGCCCCUGCUCUGCUCGCAGUACGAGACGCUCUCUGACAGCGAGUGACUCCAGGGGGCAGUGCCAGAGCCCAGCGAGCAGCAGGGCGAGGAGCCUGGU